UGUGGCAACCUGUUUGCGAGGAGUUUACAUCAGAACUCGGCCGUUCCGUUUACCCCUCCGCUCCCUUCUGAUGUCCACUUUCUCUACACGUGUAAAGGAAGAUAGACAUCGUCUUUUUCUUUACUGAACCUCUGCGGUGCUUUGCCGGUGCAGUGUUGUCUUUGCGGUUCUUGUCGCGCGGUUGCAAUUACGGAGAUGGCUGGAGUGUAUACGAAGAAACAUGUGGAGGACAUGUUCGACACGUCGGAAGAAGCGCUUCCGUUCAGGCUUCAACAGAUCGCCGAAGAUGAGCUCGGGGAGACUCCAGCUCGGAGGAAGGAAUCCCUCGCCAAGCUUCUCCAGCUGUUAUCGGAGGAGGAGGACCUGAACCCACGGAAAGACGCGCAGUUCCUUUUGCGCUUCCUUCGAGUGCGGAAGUAUGACGUGGAGGCGGCCCUGCGCACCGUGAAGAACUAUUUCAAGAUCCGAAAUACCAGCGGACCGGUUUUCCGCGACUUCCUGCCUUCCAAGGUGUCACCAGCUACGAGAAAGCUCAUGAUGAUCAUGAAAGAGAAGGACGCUCACGGACGUCGAAUCUUCUACUUCAAACCCGGUAUGUGGAUGCUCGACGAAUCGUCCUACGUAGAUGUGCAUCGGGCUAUUAUGGUGUGCUUGGAACAUCUAGCUAAGGACCCGACGACGCAAACGCUAGGUGUCGUGCUACUGUUCGACUACGGUGGCUUCACAGCAGAAAAAGUGCUUGCCAUCAAUGUGGGUCUGAUCAGGAGAGGCUUCGAGUACCUUCAGGAUUGUAUGCCUAUGCGGCUUAAGGGCAUGUACUGCGUGAAGCAAGGCCUAGCUUUCGACACCUUCUUCGCGAUCAUCCGGCCUUUCUUGAAAGCGAAGCUCGUACAAAGGUUUAUCCUCUACGGGGAAAAGUUCGAGGAACUGCACAAAGAAAUUCCAGCCAAGGUACUCCCCGAGGAAUACGGUGGUCAGGCGCCACCCGUAGACUUCGUGGGUUUCUGGAACGAACUGGAGGGUUACGACGACGAGUACCAAGAGAACAUCAACUAUGGUUACACGAGGACAAGCAACGGGGACUUUGCCACGGUGGCCGAGAUAGAAAACCAGCUCACGUUUCUGUAAACAUUGUAUAAAGGUAUAUACCAGUC